UUCCAGCAGUCAUUCACCUGCUUGUCCCUGUUUUCCAGUUGAGGGUACGGAGAGAGUUUUAGCAGAGAUUCUAACGAUAGCUUGUGAUUCAGACCUUAAUACCAACUUUGUCGUAAAAAGAAGGAUGAAAAUUGAUAUUCACAAUCAUAUAUUACCAAAGGAAUGGCCCGACUUGAAGCAGAGAUAUGGUUAUGAUGGGUUUGUCCAACUACACCAUCACUGCGAGGGUGAAGCAAAGAUGAUGAGGGAUGGGAAGCUGUUCAGGGUGAUCCAGGACAACUGCUGGGAUGUAAACGCUAGACUCCGUGACAUGGACAAGUACAGCGUUACCGUUCAGGCCCUGUCGACGGUUCCUGUGAUGUUCAGUUAUUGGGCCAAACCUCAUGACACGUUGGAUCUCUGUGUCCUUUUAAAUGACAAUAUAGCCCAAACGGUGCACAGUCACCCUAAGAGGUUUGUGGGCCUGGGCACGCUGCCCAUGCAAGCCCCUGACUUGGCUGUGCUGGAAAUGAGGCGCUGUGUGAAGGAGCUCGGGUUCCCUGGAGUGCAGAUCGGUUCACACAUCAACCAGUGGGACCUCAACGCCUCUGAACUUCUUCCCUUUUAUGCUGCAGCAGAGGAGCUGGGAUGUUCCAUAUUUGUCCACCCAUGGGACAUGCAGACAGAUGGGAGGAUGGCUAAGUAUUGGCUUCCCUGGCUGGUGGGCAUGCCAACAGAGACAACCAUGGCUAUUUGUUCAAUGAUAUUUGGAGGGAUCUUUGAGAGAUUUCCAAAACUGAAAGUCUGCUUCGCUCAUGGAGGGGGCUCUUUCCCAUUUACUGUUGGCAGAAUUGAACACGGCCACAAAGUUCGCCCUGACCUGUGUGCAGUUGAUAACGCAAUCAGUCCACGUAAAUACCUCAGCUCUUUCUACACUGACUCACUGGUUCAUGAUCCAGUUGCCCUGAAGCUGCUCAUUAAUGUCAUUGGAGAAGAUAAAGUAAUGCUAGGAACAGAUUAUCCAUUCCCACUCGGCGAGCUGCAACCUGGGUCACUCAUUGAAUCUAUGGAUGAGUUUGAUGAAGCACUGAAGGAGAAGCUGCUUGCUGGAAAUGCACUGGAAUUUUUGGGCCUGAAAAAAGAGCAGUUUGUGUAACAGGAUGCACGACAGCAUCAGAUCCAGAUGCUAACGAUUUAUAUCAGAUAUAUAAAAAACCCUUUUAUUUCAUGUAAGGAUUGUCCAACAUAGACAAUAUUUCUAAAAACAAGAACUAGGGUUAUUUGCUCUUCUGAAACAUCCACUAAUUUUUUGUUGUUUUGUAUGUUUCUUUGGCGUAACCUGCAUUAAAAGAGAGACUUUCCCUGGAUAAACCUUGCUAAUUUUUUGUUCAUUUUUGCUUACCAAAAGAAUUACUAUAGAUGAUAAGAGAUUUCUUUCCCUCGCAUCAGAUGCGAUUCUGCUUUAUUAUUUAUUAAUUUUUGGGGGGUAUAUGUUUUCAAAUGCUCCUUAUUUUUAAGUUUCUGCUGGGAAAAUAUUAUAAUGUUACUUAUUGCAUCUGGCCUAUUGUUUUCCCCAGAAAAGCUCUACUCUGAAAUAUACUGCACUUAUAAAUUAAUACCUAUGCUAUUUCUGAAUUAUCCACAAAACUUACAUAUCUAAUGUAAGUAAAAUAAAAUAUUGUUUUUCUAAAUUCCAUUAUGAACGAUUUUAUUAAAUAUCAAUAGUAAUUAGUGAUUUGUUUGAUGGACAUGGGAUUGUCAAGGUUCUUUCAUUCAUAGUUUUCACAUUUUCUUCAACAAAUGGACACUUCAACAUUAUUUUUCAUUGUUAUUGUAGCAAUUUAAGUUGUAAAAAAGUUUAAUAUUACUUAUUGUCAGAUUUCAGCAGUGUAUGUAGAUUUUUUUUCUCUUGAACACUUGUUUUGAGUUUUUUUUUUAUAGUGUGCUGUGUUACUCUGGAGGAGCUUCUGGCAAUGUUACAAAUGGGUUUAUUUUACUUUUUAGGAAGCAAAUGUUAAAGUGAAACAGCAUUAAGAUUUUCAUUUAAUAAAUUCUGAUUUGAAGCAGUUGGUAUAU